AUGGCGGCUGGGGGCCGGGAGCUGCGGCCGCUGCUGCUCCUGGUCUCGGGGCUGCUGGCGCUGGGUCCCGGCGCGCGGGCGGCCAAGCUCAACAUCCCCAAGGUGCUGCUGCCUUUCACGCGGGCAACGCGCGUGAACUUCACGCUGGAGGCCUCGGAGGGCUGCUACCGCUGGUCGUCGACCCGGCCGGAGGUGGCCAGUAUCGAGCCGCUGGGCCUGGACGAGCAGCAAUGCUCCCGGAGGGCGGUGGUGCAGGCGCGCCUGUCCCAGCCCGCCCGCCUGACCAGCAUCAUCUUCGCAGAGGACAUCACCACCGGCCAGGUCCUGCGUUGCGAUGCCAUCGUGGACCUCAUCCAUGGCAUUCAGAUCGUCUCCACCACCCGUGAGCUCUACCUGGAGGACGCCCCACUGGAGCUGAAGAUCCAGGCCCUGGACUCGGAAGGAAACACGUUCAGCACCCUGGCCGGGCUGGUCUUUGACUGGACGAUCGUGAAGGACAUGGAGGCGGACGGCUACUCAGACACCCACAACGCGCUCCGCAUCCUGACAUUCCUGGAGUCCACCUACAUCCCCCCGUCGUACAUCUCAGAGAUGGAGAAGGCGGCCAAGCAGGGUGACACCGUCCUGGUGUCCGGGCUGAAGACAGGCAGCUCCAAGCUCAAGGCGCGCAUUCAGGAGGCCGUGUACAAGAACGUCCACCCUGCGGAGGUCAGGCUGCUGAUCUUGGAGAACAUCCUUCUGAACCCGGCUUACGACAUCUACCUCUUGGUGGGGACAUCCAUCCGCUACAGGGUGCAGAAGAUCAGGCAAGGGAAAAUUACAGAACUCUCAAUGCCCUCCGAUCAGUACGAGCUACAGCUUCUGAACAACGUCUGGGACCCAGAGGGAGCCCCGGGCCGGCCUGUGGCGGUCUUGGCCCAGGACACGUCAACAGUCACCGCCGUGCAGCUGGGACAGAGUAGCCUGGUCCUCGGCCAUAAGAGCAUCCGCAUGCAGGGAGCAUCCCGGUUACCCAACAGCACGAUCUAUGUGGUGGAGCCCGGGUACCUAGGGUUCACGGUCCACCCGGGUGGCAGAUGGGUGCUCGAGACCGGCCGCCCGUAUGAAAUCACCAUCGAAGUGCUGGACAAGUCUGGUAACAAGGUCUACCUGUCGGAUAACAUCCGCAUUGAAACUGCGCUCCCUGUGGAGUUCUUUGAGGUGCUGGCUUCUUCGCAGAAUGGGUCGCACCAUCGCGUCAGGGCGACAAAGAGGGGCCAGACAGCCAUCGAGGCGGCCCUCACCUCUGUGGUGGACCAGGAUGGAGGGGUCCACACAUUACGAGUGCCUGUGUGGAACCAGCAGGAGGUAGAAAUCCACAGCCCCAUCACCCUUCAUCCAAGCAUCUUGACGUUUCCAUGGCAACCAAAGGCAGGCGCCUAUCAGUACACGAUAAAGGCCCACGGCGGCAGCGGGAACUUCAGCUGGUCCUCGUCGAGCUCUGUGGUGGCCACGGUCACUGUCAAGGGCGUGAUGACCACAGGCAGUGACACAGGGGUCAGCGUGAUCCAGGCACAUGACGUGCAGAACCCGCUGCAUUUCGGCGAGAUGAAGGUGUAUGUGAUCGAGCCCAGCGGCAUGGAGUUCGCCCCGUGCCCAGUGGAGGCCCGCGUGGGCCAGAGCCUGGAGCUGCCUCUCAGGAUCCAUGGCCUGAUGCCGGGCGGGGCUGACGACGUGGUCACCCUGAGCGACUGCUCCCACUUCGACUUGGUGGUGGAGGUGGAGAACCAGGGCGUGUUCCAGCCACUCCCAGGCAGGCUGCGGCCGGGGCCUGACCACUGCAGCGGCGUCACGGUGAGGGCAGAGGCCCAGGGCUACACCGCGCUGCUCGUCAGCUACAGGCAUGGCCAUGUGCACCUGAGCGCCCGCGUCACCAUCGCCGCCUACCUGCCCCUCAAGGCUGUGGACCCCUCCUCUGUUGCCGUGGUGACCCUUGGCUCCUCGAAGGAGAUGCUCUUUGAGGGUGGUCCCAGACCCUGGGUCCUGGAGCCUUCCAAGUUCUUCCGCAAUGUCACCUCAGAGGACGCGGACAGCAUCAGUCUGGCUCUCUUUGGGCCCCCUGCCUCCCGUAAUUACCAGCAACACUGGAUCCUCGUGACGUGCCAGGUCUUGGGUGAACAGGUCAUCGCCCUGACGGUGGGGAACAAGCCCAGUGUCACCAACCCCUUCCCGGUGCUGGAGCCCGCUGUGGUGAAGUUCGUGUGCGCGCCACCCUCCCGGCUCACGCUGACGCCUGUCUACGCAAGCCCCCAGCUGGACCUGUCCUGCCCACUCCUGCAGCAGAACAAGCAGGUGGCUCCCGUCUCCAGCCACCGCAGCCCGCUGCUGGACCUGGCCGCCUACGACCGGCAGGGCCGCAGGUUCGACAACUUCAGCUCGCUGAGCAUCCAGUGGGAGUCCAGCAGACCGUGGCUGGCCAGCGUGGAGCCCGCCCCGCCCCUGCAGCCGGCGCCCCCGGGCGGCGGGGACGGCCAGAAGAAGCUGCGCGGCCUGCAGCCCAUUUCGGUUCACCAGGCCUCGGGCACCACGGCCAUCUCUGCCACCGCCACUGGCUACCAGCAUCCACACCUGGACACGGCCAGCGUGAAGCAGCCGCAUGACCCCCUCACGCCUGUGUCGGCCUCCAUCGAACUCAUGCUGGUGGAGGACGUGAGGGUCAGCCCGGAAGAGCUAACCAUCUACAACCACCCAGACGUGCAGGCGGAGCUGCAUGUCCGAGAAGGCUCCGGCUACUUCUUCCUCAACACCAGCAGCGCCGAUGUGGUCAGGGUGGCCUACCAGGAGGCCCGGGGCAUCGCCACGGUGCACCCUCUGCUCCCCGGCACCACCACCGUCAUGAUCCACGACCUGUGCUUAGCCUUCCCCGCCCCCGCGAAGGCUGACGUCUACGUCUCGGACAUCCAGGAGCUGUACAUCCGCGUGGUGGACAAGGUGGAGAUCGGGAAGACAGUCAAGGCGCAUGUCCGCGUGCUGGACUUCCACAAGAAGCCUUUCCUGGCCAAGUACUUGGCCUUCAUGGACCUGAAACUCCGGGCAGCCUCCCAGAUCGUCACGUUGGUGGCCCUUGAUGAGGCCCCGGACGACUAUACCGCCUCCUUCCGCGUCCACGGCGUGGCCAUCGGCCAGACCAGCCUCACCGCGACUGUGACCGACAAGGCCGGACAGAGAAUCAGCUCAGCCCCACAGCAGGUCGAGGUCUUCCCCCCAUUCAGGCUGAUCCCCAGGAAGGUGACGCUGAUUAUUGGGGCCACGAUGCAGAUCACCUCUGAGGGCGGCCCCCAGCCCCAGUCCAACAUCCUCUUCUCCAUGAGCAACGAGAGCGUGGCGCUGGUGAGCGGCGCUGGGCUGGUGCGGGGCCUCGCGGUGGGCCGUGGUGCCGUGUCGGGGGUCGUGCAGGCCGUGGACGCAGAGACGGGCAAGCUGGUCGUUGUGUCGCAGGAUCUCGUGGAGGUGGAGGUGCUGCUGCUGCAGGCUGUGAGGAUCCGUGCGCCCAUCACAAGGAUGAGGACGGGGACCCAGAUGCCCGUCUAUGUCACCGGGAUCACCAACAACCAGAACCCUUUCUCCUUUGGCAACGCCGUGCCGGGCCUGACCUUCCACUGGUCUGUCACCAAGCGAGACGUCCUGGAUGUCCGGGGGCGGCAUCACGAGGCGUCGCUCCGGCUGCCGUCACAGUACAACUUCGCUAUGAACGUGCUCGGCCGGGCGAAGGGCCGCACCGGGCUGAGGGUGGUGGUCAAGGCCCUGGACCCCACCGCUGGGCAGCUGCUGGGCCUCGCCAAAGAGCUCUCUGACGAGAUCCAGAUCCAGGUGUUUGAAAAGCUGCGGCUGCUGAGCCCUGAAAUAGAAGCAGAACACGUGCUCAUGUCACCAAACUCAUUCAUCAAGCUCCAGACAAACAGGGAUGGCGCCGCCUCUCUGAGCUACCGCGUCCUGGAUGGGCCGGAGAAGGUUCCUGUCGUGCAUGUUGACGAGAAGGGCUUCCUGGCAUCAGGGUCCGUGAUCGGGACGUCCAUGGUCGAAGUGACUGCCCAGGAGGCUUUCGGGGCCAACCAGACCGUCAUUGUUGCUGUCAAGGUGUCCCCUGUUUCCUACCUGAGGAUCUCCAUGAGCCCUGCCUUGCACACCCGGAACAAGGAGGCUCUGGCGGCCCUGCCCCUGGGAGUGACCGUGACCUUCACCGUCCACUUCCACGACAACUCCGGAGAUGUCUUCCACGCUCACAACUCCAUCCUCAACUUUGCAACUAACAGGGACGAGUUUGUGCAGAUCGGGAAGGGCAUCGCCAACAACACCUGCGUGAUCCGCACGGUCAGCGUGGGCCUGACGCUGCUCAGGGCAUGGGACGCAGCGCACGGCGGCCUCUCCGACUUCGUCCCGCUGCCCGUCCUGCAGGCCAUCUCCCCCGACCUGUCCGGGGCGGUGGUGGUGGGGGACGUCCUCUGUCUGGCCACGGUUCUGGUCGGCCCAGAAGGAGUCGCCGGGACCUGGAGCUCGUCAGCCAGCAGCAUCCUCCACGUCGACCCCAAGACGGGCGUGGCCCUGGCCCGGCAGGCAGGCUCCGUGACCGUCUACUAUGAGGUCGCCGGGCACCUGAGGACCUACAAAGAGAUCGUGGUCAGCCUGCCUCAGAGAAUCGUGGCCCGGUACACCCGCCCCAUCCAGAGCAGCUUCCAGGAGGUCUCGGCCUCCAAAGUGAUGGUCACCGUGGGAGACCAGAGCUCAAACCUGAGAGGCGAAUGCUCCCCCGGCCAGGUGGUAGGCAUCGCGGCCCUGCGCCCAGAAGCCCUCCUCUCCUGCCAGCUGCAGUUCAAGCAGGAUGUCUUCGACUUCCCAGCUCGAGAGGUCUUCACUGCGGAGCCCGAGUUUGACGCCGCCCUGGGCCGGUACGUCUGCUCGGUGACGAUGCUCCGGCUGACGGACCAGCAGCUGAAGCACCUGAGCCUGAAGAGGACGGCGCUGCUGGUCACAGCCUCCCUCCCAGGCAGCCCCUCCCCCGCGGAGCAGGUGGGGGCCGAGGUGCCCUUCAGCCCGGGGCUUUACGCCGACCAGGCCGAAAUCCUCCUGAGCAACCACUACACCAGCUCCGAGGUGAAGGUCUUUGGCGCCAUGGAGGUUCUGGAGCACCUGGAGGUGAAGUCGGGGUCCCCGGCCGUGCUGGCCUUCGUGAAGGAGAAGUCUCUGGGGCUGCCGAGCUUCGUCAGCUACACAGUCGGAAUCUCGGAUCCCACGGCCGGCAGCCAGGGGCCUCUGUCCACCGCCCUGACCUUCUCCAGCCCCAGCACUAACCAGGCUGUCACCAUCCCAGUCACCGUGGCCUUCGUGAUGGACCGCCGAGGCCCGGGUGCUCAUGGCGCUGGGCUCCUCCAGCUCGCCCUGGACUCCUACCAGGCCAUGUUCUUCACGCUCUUCGCCCUGUUGGCCGGGACGGCGGUCAUGAUCAUAGCCUACCACGCGAUCUGCGCGCCCCGGGAGCCCCCCGCCACGCCAGCCCUCUCCCCGAGAGCCAGCCCUCAGCACAGCCCCCACUAUUUUGCUGCCUCAUCACCAACACCUUUCAACGCACUGCCUCCUGCCCGCCGAACCAGCCCCGCCUCGGGGCUGUGGAGCCCUUCGUACCCGUCCCACUAG